AUGGUGGACAGGUCCCGCCCCGCCGCUAGUGCCAGCGUCGAGGACAUCGGGACGAUGCGCUCGCUCACUGGUGGUGGCUGGCCUGUCGUCCUUGUUCCUCCUACGUCCGGAGAAGAGGGGUCGCCGGUCAGCUACGCAGUGUCGGAAAUUCCAGAGAGGAAGGGUGCACGACCAAAGAUGGAUCAUGCAUGCAAGCGCACAGUCCAGGCUUAA